AUGGAAGAAAAACAGGUUGUGGAUGAGAUUCCAGGAGAGCUGAAGCUGUUCAGUGACGGAUCUGUGGAACGCAUGCCUCAGCAGACGCCCCUCGCUCAGUCAAUUCCCCCUUCCAAUCACAACUUUGUUGAUGGAGUGGCCACAAGGGAUGUGGUUCUAGACGAGGCGACCGGGCUGUGGGCUCGCAUAUACAUGCCCGAGAAGGGCAAAAACGAGACCGAACAGAAGCUUCCGCUGGUGGUGGUGGUGUCGGUGGACUACAGGUUGGCUCCAGAGAACCGGCUUCCCGCAGCCUGCUACGACUGCCUUGCGACGAUGGAGUGGAUUCGAACCCUCGCCCACCUGAAUCGAAUCAAAGAUCAAGCAAUUACAGAAUGUGAAUUAACAAAAUUCUGGGUCAGCGAUAGCGUUGAUUUCCGGCGCUGUUUUCUCAUGGGAGAGAGCGCGGGGGGCAAUUUAGUGCACCAGAUUGCCCUCGCUUGCACCGCCGCCGCCGAAAGUUAA